AUAUCGCGGAAUGCACACUAAACCCUAGACCAGAGUCCCGCUCUUUUCGCUAGGGUUUAAGGAUCAAAAAACUUCUUAACCAUAAAAGUCAGUUGUUUCUUUUCCUUUUCUGUUUGCAGAUAUGAAAUUUCAUUUCUCUCUUUGCAAUCUAAACCUUACUCUUCAAAGUUGCAAUCUUUUUAUUCUUAGAGAUGGUAGGGUUUAUAACUGAACCCACCACUACUGUUAAAGAAGAAAUAGAGGAAGAACACAAUCAAGCUUCCAAGUUUAGAAACUCGAAAGAAUCGAUUGAACCCUUUCAUGCUAAGUUCUCUGAUUUAUCUUUUGACGAUUCUUCUAUUGAUUUUGAUUACAUCAGAGAAUUUUUUCAGGAUAGCCCUGACUUUGAUAGGGUUAGCUUAGACAAGAUUGAUUUUGGGGGUUUCGGGAAGUGUAUUAUGGACAUGGGUGAUAAAGAUUGUUCCUUUGGAACAAACCCAGUUGUUGAUUGUUGUAACUUAAGUAUUGACGGGUCUAAGGCGAUUGAAGGUCAGUCUGGUGGCUCUGUGAUGGUCAAGGAGGAGAAGGUCGAUUUUGAAAGAGAGGAAAACUUGGGUUCUUUUAUUGAAGAGGGGAUCGGUAAGGUUAGCCUGGUUGGGGGUCCUGAUUGCGGUGAUGGUCAAGGUUCUGUGAUGGUCGAGGAGGAAAAGGUGGAGUUUGAAAGAGAGGGAAAUUUGGGUUCUUUAAUUGAAAAAGAGAUUGGUAAGGUUAGUUUGGUUGGUGGGUUAAGUGCUGAUUGCGGCGAUGGGAUUGUUGAGAAGAGUGAAGUAAUAGGCGUUGAAGUGGAGAUGAGAAGGGAAAGUUUGGUUGCUGCUUCAAGUUCUGUUUUCCCUGAUGAGAGUUUUGCAAUGAGUGGUGUAGCAGGUGAUGAGAGGGACAUUGGAAAUCCUACUUUGGCUACUGGGUCAAGUGCAGUGAAUGGACUGGGGAGUGGUGUGAAUAAUGAGGUGAUGGGUGAUGAUGAUGAGAGUGGAAGUGACGGGAAAUCUGCAAGUGGAAGUAGUUCAUCUUCAACAUCAUCUUCUAAUAACGAUGAUGAUGAGGAGGAGGAGGAGGAUGAGAGCAAUGAGGAAGAGGAGGAGGAAGGAAUGCAAUUAAAGAGAGAGGUAGAAGAGGGUGAAAUUGAAGAAGGUGAGAUAAGAGAAAUCAAUGGAGAGGGGAUGGUUCAUAAGAGUGAUGAGGAUGAAGAGGAGGAUGAAAAAAAUAUGGUUGAAUGGAGUGAUGUUGAAUUUGAUGAUAUUGAGGAGGAAGAGGAGGGGACUGGACUUAUGAAGGGCCCCAUCAGGUCUCAAAAUGAGCUUAAGUUUCUCCCUCCUGUUCCUCCUGUGGAUGUUACAUUGCAACCACAUCAUCAGGUGCUGCCUGUUGGUGUUGUUUUGUCGAUUAUAAAUGCCCAAGUCAUAGUGGAAGGGGUGGAAAAGCAUAAUCCUCUUAAUGAGGGUUCCAUAUUGUGGAUAACUGAAAAAAGAUCUCCACUGGGGCUUGUGGAUGAGAUAUUUGGACCCGUCCAAAACCCAUACUAUGUGGUGAGGUACAAUUCUGAAAGUGAGGUCCCUUCUGGGAUUAGUCAAGGGACUCGGAUUUCUUUCGUUGCGGAGUUUGCCAAUCAUGUGCUCAAUGAAAAGAACCUUUACAAGAAAGGAUAUGAUGCAUCUGGUGAGAAUGAUGAAGAGUUGUCUGAUGAGGCAGAGUUCUCGGAUGAUGAGAAAGAGGCAGAGUACAUGAGAAUGAAGAAAAUGUCAAAGAGGGGCAUAAAUGGUCAGACAGUUGGAAACAAGAAAAAUAGUAGAACAAAGGAUAAGAAUAGGAAUGGGAAUAGGAAAAAUGUCGGACCUUUGGGACAGCAUGCAUCGAUGUGUGGGGGUCAGCUACCACCACCUAAUCAGAACCAGCAGAAUACAUCUUCUGCGGUAGCGUCAAUGAAUAAUUAUUCAUCUUCUUCGAGUUUUACUGGCGGAGCUAGCUUUUUCCAACCAUUUCCACCAAUGGCACAAAGUGCUGGCCUUUUCCAACCUUCUAAUGGAGCCUGGAUAAGUGGAUUGGCUUCUCAGCAACCACAAAACGCAGUAAUUCCUGGCGGAUUUCCAGCUAAUAAUAUGUCAUGGGCAGCACAGAAUCAAUUUCAUCCUCCUAGCCGGAUGCCUAUUACAAAUGGUAUGCCCUUUCAGCAACAGUUCAUUCCAAGUCAAGGGUCACUCUCUAAUGGUGUGCCACCAGGUGGGCAGAUGAGUUUUUUUGCUGGACCCUCACCUUGGCCUGCAGUUAUUGGUCAAAAUUGCUUUAACCAAGCCCCGUUUGAGAUGGGCUUUCAGGUUCAACCCACUCAACCAAUCAUGAAUGUGGGAGACCAAGGGAAUGGGCUAGGCGUGUCAGCUGUCAUUCCUGGCAACAUUCAAGCUCCUCAGCAAUUUAAUUCAGGUGCCCCUUCAGGCCGAGGCGGAAGGAGACAAUUUCACCGAGGCGGUGGUCGUUUUGCUGGUGGAAGAGGUGGGAGAGGCCGGAAGGGAACAUAAUGAAGUUCGUCUCUCUGUAGAAUAACAUUGUGAAUCUAACUUGCGAUAAGACCUGAAGGCGUUUUGGAAUUUGCCUACAUGUUUUUGUUUUUGUUUUUUUUUUUACUAAAAAUAUAUAAUGGCCUGCCUCGUCCGAUCUCAAUCUCAAUAUAAUGGUGAAAUUUUCUGUU